AUGGAGCAAAAGUUAAGAAACAGAAGAGGGUAUUCUAAAGUUAAAUUGAAACCAGGUCCGAACAAGAAUUUGGGGAUUGGAGGAAAAAAUAAAUCUAAGAGUAAGAACCUCAGACCUAGCACAGCUAGAAUCCGAACUAUUAAUGCAUCAGGAUCUGCGUAUAAGUUUUAUACCAUUGACCAAUACAAGAACAUUAAUUUGAUGUUUUCAGGAUCUAAAAUUAAACCAAAAACUAGGAACCAGAGCGAGCAGAUAACUCCUAUAAGGGGAAAGAAAGCUCAGAUAAGAGCAACAAACACUCAAGUUGGUCCCCAUGGAAUUGAAAAUGACAUAAAGCCAGCAAUUUUGAAUAGUCAUCAAAAGCCUCAUCACAAAAUAUGUAAAUUUUGGUCAUCUAGUGUAGAUCCAAACCACAUCCGUGCACAACAGUUAAAUGGAAAUCUUACAGAAAUAAAACCCCGCAGGCCUGUGACAGCCACAUACAGGAGGAUUAAGAACACAGGGGAAGGCGGGAUAAAGCAUCAAUUAAGGUUCUCGUUCAAAUUCGAAAAUGAAAAUAAUGAGAGCUUCUCAUGUACAGGAUCUCCUAUCAAAGGAACUGAAGACGAUGUGCCACAAACGUUUCAGCAUGAAUUCCCUAGCCAGAUGUUAGAGGAUUCAGAAGAAGUUAAGAACGAAGUGAUUCCUCAGAACAACAAUGGAGUGUCUCAAGAUCUCAUUGCACAAAAGGACAUUGCAUUAGUAUCACCAGAGGAAAACAUGCAGUUGAAUAUUGGUAUUACUGAUCCCCAAGAAGUUGAAUGCAAGCCUCAUAGAACUUUAAAAUAAGCUUGAAGAUAAUGAUUCAAAAUUUAUGAAUUAUAUCCCAGAGGAGAAGAUAACUCCAACCAGUAUGGCCUAUUAUAAGAAAAUUCGAAGGCCGCAAUCUGCUGUGGCUAUCCCAGAGCAGUUUAAACAUAAAGCUGAUGUCCAGAUUGGGUCUAGUGGUGCUAAGAUAUCAAAAUAAGAUUAAGCCCAAAAAUCAAACGAAGAAAAGACAAGAAAAGCCAAGAGUCAAAUAUGACAUCAACACUAUUCUUUCCAAUCGUUCUCAGUCUAUGAAGAUUAAAGAGGUUUUUAUGGGGACUUCUUCGAAAAUUUCUGAUUUGAUCUCAAUUCAUGAAAAAGAGAAAGUAACUAAACUAUCUUCCAUGACUAAGGAGCAAUACCAUGACUUCCUCCUUGGCAAGUUAAUGGAACUGGAGGCAUUCUUGGCUCCUGAGAACCAUAAGAGAUGGUAUCGUGAGAAGAACCCUGAGUUGACCAGCUCUUUGAUGAGAUCCCAGAUAAACAUGAUAAGAAAUGCAUUAGGAGCUGAUAUAGUUAAAUAAUUCAUGAGCAAUCUUCUUU